CGAUUCCACUCCUCUCCACCUGGCUCCACCUGGGCCGCGCUCCGCGCUCCGCCGCUGCAGUCAGUAGCCAGUGGGCCGUUGGACCUGACUUGCAGUGGCAGUGCCGGCAGUGCUCGCACCUCCCGAAGGACCAACCAGCAGAAACCAUGGCAGCCACCCUGUGCUUGAAUGUCGCUGCCGUGCUGGUGCUGCUGGCGGUGACGGCCACCGCGCGACCCCAGGUCGACGUGCAGUUCCCCUUCGGCAGCGUCAACGUCAACAAGGCCCUGGGCACGGUGGACGUGCAGCACCCCGCGGGCACCGUCAACGUCAACAAGGGCCUCGGCACGGUGGACGUGCAGCACCCCGCGGGCACCGUCAACGUCAACAAGGCGUCUUCGUCCACGUCAUCGCUGACGUCGUCCUCGGGGUCCGCGCCGAACCCCGGUAACGAGUUGUUCGCGCUCAUCGCCAGGCUGCUGAGCGGCGGCGGCGGCGCGCUGGCCGCGUCCUCGACGCGCUCGGCGGCCAGCGACGGCGAGAAGGUCGCGGAGGCCAACUUCCCCGGCGGCGCCGUGAACGUGCGCAAGGCGGCGGCCACCGGGGCCAAGCAGGUGGACGUCGCGUACCCCGGCGGCUCCGUCAACGUGGGCAGGAACGAGGUGACGGGCCGCAAGAAGGUGGACGUGGCCUUCCCCGGGGGCUCCGUCAACGUGGGCACCAAGGGCGACAACGUGGACGUCGCCUUCCCCGGCGGCUACGUCAAGCUGGACCCCAAGGUGCCCGGCCAGCGGCGCAGCGGCGUCGUCGUCUUCCCGUUCGGUUCAGUGCGCUUCGGCUGAGCACCGAGCAGGCCCGGCCAUGCAGGAGCACGCGCCCGCCCGGGCCGGGCCUGCCAGAGGACGGCAACUGUGUCUGUGAUCUCAAACUCGAAACGAAUUGAAAGGAAGCCGUUAGUGGUUCGUUGAGGCGAGGUGCGAAGUGCGCCCGGCGACCACAGCGACAUCGACGGCAUCCAAGAAGCAGUGUCGUGCGGUUCCGGCCGUCCGACGCGGCAGCCGCCACGCGUUAUGGCUCAGGGGCGUUGUGGCAGCCAAUUGGCUGAUGACAACGGGAUGGCGCGCUAGCGUGGCUGGCGCGCUUCGCUGAGCCCGUCUCGUUCUCGUGCACCGGCUGCCUGCACCUCGCCCUUUUAUCGUUAUUGCAUUUUGGCGUGAAGGUUGAGCGGGUUGCCCUUGCACUCGGCCCAAUGUCGCUCGACCAAUGUCACUCCACCAACGUCGCUCGCUUUCUGCCACCUUUAUUUUAUCGCCGGAGAAGGCGUUCGCUUAAUUUAUGUUGUUUGCUCACUUGAUGUAAAAUAAACGAGACGAUUUAUUUCUACCUUGAA